CAAACGGUUUAAAUCCGUGACCGGUGUGAGUGUUCGAAUUGAGCCUAACUGCUUUUUGGCAAGAUUCCCUCGGGCGCGAGUGUUACAUAAAAUGAACGUCGCAUUGCUUUCAGUACAAAAAGGUUAAAAAUAGAUUUUCAGAGUGAGUUGCGUGUUCGGACAUUUUUGUUUUCAUAUGACAUACAUACGGCGUCGAUUUUGUUAUUACGUUUUAGAAAUCAAAGUGAAACUCUGAAAUCAGAUACUGUAAACAUUGGACUAAUUUUUUGUAAAUUGUGCUACUGUGUUAUCAAAGUGGCUUUUAAUAUAUGAGGAACUGAGGUGCAGGUUUGUUCCUUACCUUAGACGAUAAUUAAUAAAAGUGUUGUGAUUGAAACUUGUGUUAAUAAAUAAAAAUGGCUCAAGUAGAGCCAAUGGAUAUAGACAAUGUUGAGAGUGAUUUUGACGACAAAGAGAAUUCUUUACAGAACAGUAAUUUCUUACCAAGAACCCCAUGCACUGAAAAAGGAUAUGAGGAGUUGGAUGUUUCAGAACUGAAUAUGAAAUUAAGAUACUCUAUCACACCAGCUUCAUCACCAAUGUCAAAGAGUUACACGGCAAGUUGUAAAGAUAACAGAACUUAUAACUUUGAUGAAGACAGUCUUAACAGCACCAUGGUUAACAAUAGUGUUAACUUAACUCGUUCAUUGAACUCAUCAAUUAAUAAGUGUGAUAUUGUUACAAAGUCACCUAAAGUUCCCUUACAAGCUUUAACAACAGAUAAUUCCUCACUAAGGAGGUCACUUGAUAAUGACCCUAAUGAUAUUACUAUAACUGUUAAUGGGAUUGAUAAUAUUGAUGAAAAUUUAUCACUGCCAAGUACUUCAUCUUCUGCCAUCCAGACACCUGAAGCCACAACCCCUACAAAAGAUAUUACAAAAGAUGAUGGUGGAUCACCGAUUAUGAGAGGUCUUAAAAGUGUACUCAACAUGUUUCGUUCGUCUCAAAGUCCGAUACCACCCGAAGAUAAUAUAGAUAAGAAAGAUGAGACACAUUCAGAGGAAAAAGCACAAAUAAAAUCGCUGGAGGUUUUAGCAUCUACACCAAAAGCUAACACUAAAAAUAUUGAUAACAAUUUGUCAAAAAGAAGUAGUCCUUUAAAAGAUAGUGUGGUGUUUAAUGAUGAUUUGGAACGAGAGUUGCAAUGGAAAGAUGAAACAACUAUUAUAUUUAAACAAGAGAAAAUACCUAUUCAUAAACUAUUUCCACAACAGUCAACAUCACUGGCACUUGAUAAAAAAAUAUCUGCUAAAACAAAUGAAGUGCACCAUUUAAACAGUACAGUUGAAUACAUGGAUGUCUCGUAUAAUGAAUCUGGUAUUGUGGAUAAAACUACAGAUGUAGAAAGUCAAAUAAGUGUGAAUCAUGUUGAUGUUGCUAGUGGUGUUGAGUCUGAUGGUGAGUUUCUGGACUGUGAGACAACAUACACAAAAAAUGAACAGAUUGAAUUAAAACAACAACCAAGUAGCACAAUCGUAGCUAAUUUAGAAAAUAAUGAUGUAAUCCAUGAGAUAUGUAAUGAAAUUAUUGAUAAUCAACCGACAUUGAGUCAAUUAGAUACACCAGGCAAUAUUGAAGUUGUACAAGCUGCAAAUGUCUCAAAUGUAGAGGUUAAUGAUGUCAAUUUGAAGGAACAAAAAUGUGACACUGCAUUAGUAAAUGAAUUUGAUGAACAAGUAUCCAAUGUUCCACUUAAUGUGAAAACAGGAUUAGUAAAUUGUUCACUAGAUGAAAAACUUUUAAAUAAAGAAAUGAACUUAACAUCAGUGCUUAUAACAGCUGAUACUGAAAAAGAACUAAAUGGUGAAACAAAUAAACCAGAUAUUUCAAUGGAGCAUAGCUUAGUUAAAAAUGAAGAAAAUAAAACAAUGAAUGUUGAAAAUCAAAAUAAUUCCAUUUUGAGUAAUUCCAUAAAUAAGGAAAUCACAGAACAAAAAGAUGAAAAACAGUCUAAUUUUGACACAUCUAUGCCCUUAAAUAUAGUAACAGAUUGUCAAGAUAACAUUUUAUUAAAUGAAAACAAUGAUCUUAAUAAUUUUAUUCUUGUCAAUAAAGAAAAUGGAGAGCUAAAUGAAAACCAAACUCAACCAUUCAAUUCUACAGGAAUAUUACAGAUAUAUGAACAAUUAUCCAAUCAAACUGUACUUGUACAUGCAAAUAGUAUAUGUGAUUUCAAGUCUAAUACAUUUAAUUUAGAAGACCACACAGAAGACAAACUUGUUGAGAAUGAACAAAUGGUUCAUUCUAAUGAAAAUUUACAUGACAAUUCCACUGGUCCUGUAGAUAAUUGUGAAAAAAAUGAAAUAUUCGAUUCCAUUGAUCAAUAUACUCAAGAAAUCGAGACUUCUUUAAAGCAAGAUGAAAUUGUUACUUUUGAUUCAAUUAAAAAUAAUGAUAAUAUCAAUGAUUUAGAAAAUGUUAAGUUACAAGAAUUUGAAAAAGUAGUAAAUUUGAAUGCUAAUGAUCGCUUACCUUCAGAAAUUCCACUUCCUAGUGAUGAUGAUAUUGAAAAAGACAGCUUAAUGGACAAUUUUGUGAUAAAAAGUGAUGGUAUAGAAGAAGAUAACAAUAUUGAAUGUAUUAAAAAUAAUGACAUUAAAGAUCAUUUGGAAUCUUUGGAUGGGAUCAGUGAAGAAUCUGCUAUAACAAAUAUUGAAAUAAGCUCUAAAAAUUUAAAUAUUAUUUCGUCUACAUCUAUUAUACCAUUGUCUAAUUCUGAUGAAACUAAAGAAAACUCAAUAGUUACAGAAAACGUUCCAAAAUCAACAAAUUGUGAUUUAUUGGUUAAUGAAACAGAAAUAAUUCAGGAAUAUAUUCCUGUAGACUUGCCCGUAAGUGGAACAAAUCUGUCUGAUACAGCAUUAGGAACUAAUGAAAUUCAUCAAUGCCUAAACAACAUUGAUGCUAUUAAUAAAACGAUAGAUAAUACAAUUUCUGCAACUGAUAUAUGUAUUGAUAGUCGAAACAUUAAUCACUCAAACCAAGAGGUUGAAGACAAAGAAUUAUUAGAAAAUAAAGAUUCCGUCUUGAAUGAAGAAUAUAACAUUAACAAUUUGGAUGAUAAUGUAGGACCUAAAGAAAAUAAAUUAUUUGAUGAAGAGAUUGUGACAUCUGCAAAUAAUAGUCCUUAUGUUUCUGUUAAUGACUUCGAUUUAAAUAUUCCUAAAUAUGAUGUUACACUGGAUGACAUAGAAAGUCCAUUUGAAACUAAAAGUAAAAUUGCUACGUCACCUCCCAUUUCUCCAAAGUUAUCUCGAAAAGGGUAUAAUAUAAACUUUGAUGAAAUUGAUGAUCCAUUUGCUACUAAGACUAAUAUAAGAAUGUCACCAACUCCAGAGACUAGUCCAAAUAAUUCUAAUGUGUCAGUAAAUAUUACUCAAAAGAAAAUUGAUAUUAAAAAGAGAUUACAACCGCAAAACAGAAGAAAGUCACAGCCCGAAAGAGAAAAAAGAGAAGUUACCAAAAAACGUUUCAACAGUUCUUAUAACUGUGAUACAAGAACUAGUAACUGUAAGAAGCAAAUAAGUCCUUUAAAUCAAGAUGACAAUAAAGAUGUUUUGGGCAAAGACCAAACUAAUGACUUGAAUUGUGCAACAACUGUGCUAGAUGUUGAUAAUGUGAAAUCUUUAGUUACUAAUGCGUCUACGGUAGACAACUUUAAUAUCUUUAAUAAAAUUCUUACACAACCUGACGAGCCUCUUGACGUAGAAGAAAAAUCAUUGAAUAUUGAGCCCAGUGUAUUAAAUUUUUCAUCAAAAAAUGUAUUUAACAUUCCUGAAAUAGAUGACAAAAAUUUUAAUCCCUUUGCGACUAAAUCUAAAAUCUGUAUUUCACCGUCACCGUCACCAACAUUUGAAGAAGAGAAUAUUUUAAUGGAGAAUAAUAAAACACCCUUAGACCAUACAACCGAAAUGUCAAAACAAAUAGAGAAUUUAACUUCAGAUAUGGAAAAAAAUAAUGAGGAUAAGGUUGUUUCAUCAAAUGUUAGUAGUGAAACUUGUUCUUCAAGAAAUACCGAAAAAGAUUUCACAGUGCGAGAAGUCCACACGGAAGAUGAAGAUACAGUUGAAGGUCCCUUUUUCGAGGGCGAUGAAUAUGCUGACGUAGUCAAAGUUGCAGAUUUUGAUAAUGAGACAGAUAUGAUGCACUUCGAGGAUCUACAUGCAAAUAAUAACCAUGAAAAUAAAGAAGAUGGUGAACUUUUCAUAGACGCCGAAGCAUUUGAAUUUCUGCUCAAUCAAAACAAAUGUAAUGUAGUUGCAGACAGUGGCAAAGAAAGUCUAUUUCUUAAAUUCGAUCCACUUUUCGCUAAAAGAGUUUCGUCAGAUGGGGUUUUAGCUGCAUUAAAUAGAAUCCAGAAGAGACAAAGUACACCUAAAAAAACACUAGAAACAUCUAAACUAAAUAAUGUAAUCAACGAAGAAAAACCAUCGGUCAGUGGAACUAAUAUUGCUCCAGUUGUAGAAGAAAAUAAUGAUGAAACAAUUUUGGUUACUAAGCCUAUGAUGGUGGUAAAUCCUGCUAUUAAUUCCCUUGUUUCACCAAGAAAAUCGGUUACACCACCUAGGAUAAAUAGGCGCUCGUUGACGUUUACUUCCCCUGCUAUGGCUGUUAUUGACAGACUUCUCUCUCUAAGUGGUAAUAGUUCCCAUUUGGAUAAUGAUACAACGUCGCCACGGGCAAAUAGAGAAUAUAAUGAAACCGACGUUGCUCUCACCCAACUAAGAGAACUUUUAGCCGAAAAAGAAAUACAUGUUCAUAAUUUAAGAUCUGAAAGUAAAGAAUUAAAGGAAAGAUUAGCUACAAUGGAGUCACAAGUUGAAUCAUUAGAGAAAGAAACUGAAGAAAGACUAAAGAAAGUCAACGACUUAAAUGAUCGUCUGGCAGAGAAGACGAAGGUAAAUAAAAGUAUGGCUGUGGUUGUAGAGGAAUACGAGCGAACGAUUGCCAGCUUAAUAGCUGAAAUGGAGUUGGAGAAAAGGCGAAAUGCAGAGGAACGGACAAGGUUAAUUAGCGAAAGAGAUGAACAAACGGCGCAUCUAGCUAGUAUGGAGGUAUCAUUUAGCGAUUUGCACAGUAAAUACGAGAAAAGCAAACAAAUCAUUCUAAGUAUGAAAGCGAAUGAGGAUACAUACAGGAAGUCGAUAAAAGAAUUCGAGGACAACUUGCUUAAAAUGCAGAAUAAUUAUGAGCUAUUAAAGCAGCAUGCCACCUCCAAGUUAAAUCAUGCGAAUCAGGAAUUGGAGAAAUUCAACAGAUCACACGAAUCGGAAGUUUUGAAACUUAAUGCCAUGAUCAAACGCAAGGAAUUACAUAUAACGUCUCUCGAAGAAUCCCUUACACAAAAAACUAAGGCCAAUGAAGAACUGACGGCCAUCUGCGAUGAGCUCAUUAACAAAGUUGGAUGAACUAUAAUUGAAUUCAUUGCAUAAAUUUACUUUGUAACGUGUCUUGAUAUCGACUGAUUUUUCAUGACUCGCUUAUGUACUUAUCUUGCGAUAAGUAGCAUUAAGUUUAAACCUCAAAUAAGUGCCAAUUCUGUAGUACUAACAAUUAAGACUGUUUAUUGUGAUACAGUUUAAAAUUUUGUAUUUUGAAAAUAUUUUCAAAUUAUGAUUGAGAGAGUAUUUCAAAUUCUUAAGUAUAUAUUAAAUUUUCAUUACAUUCAUAUCAUAGACAAUACAUGAAACCCUAGGUUCCAGUAUUUCUUAGGACAGAAGGUUGUCCAGAAUUUUCUCUUUAAACGAUUUAUUUAAAUAAUUCUUACAUGUUAAUUAGGUUAUGUUACACUGUUCGUAUUAUGCUGGACAUAAUGUAAAAUGUUGUAACUUCUAGAUACAUUUUAUAUAACUUUGCAUGUAUUGAAAAAUCUCCUUAAUAUUUUUUGGUCGUAACUUGUUAUAAACGGAUAUGAAAAAAUAUUUUUACUACUACUAUUUGCUAGAUUAUGUUAAAAUUUUAGAAAUAUUGUGUAGUUGAUUAGUAUAUAUUUUUGGACAUUGUAUAAUGAGAUAUUAUUUUUAUAGAUAUUAAAUAUUUUCGUAACAUUAGUUCCUCCAUUGGAUUAUGGAUACAUGAAGCAUCCAAAAUAAAUUUCUGUAGAAUUACGAAAUUAAUCUACCUAUUUGAAUUAAGGGUCCGUUAUGAAUUCAAUGAUGGUUAGUAAUUAAAAAAAAAACUGAAAAUGUUUUUAAAAGAUUGGCAGGUAAAUAGUAGGUCAUUGCCUGUUUUAAUGUCAUUUUUUUUCUUUAUUGAGGUAAGCAUAUGUACCAUGUACCAUCAUGUAUCAACUUUAAGAAGAUAAAAGUUUGUGAAAUUAAUCCAACUUUUUCCAAUGCAUAACACAAUGCACAAACAUUUUCUGUCGUAUCAAACAAUUUUAAAUUAAUGAUUAUAAUAUUUCUGAAUCCUGUGUGCUUUACAUAUCCAUGCGUUAAUCCAAAUGUUGGGCCCAACUUAACACUAACCAUUCCCUUGGUAUAUUUAAUGUUCAUUAAAAUUUUCUAUUUUUAUAACGGAAACAUGACUAGUAAUUUGUGAUUGACGAUACUUUUUCAUAUUUAAAGCUCGAAUUGUUGAAUCUAAUAUUUUUGUAUAAUAUUGUGUUAUAGAUAGUUUAGACACUAUUUUAGUUAAUAAAUGUAUUGAUUUUGCG